CUUGAGAAAAAGGGGGACAUCAUCUUGGGAGGACUCUUCUCCCUUCAUGACAUGGUGAUGGAGCCCAGUCUGUCCUUCACUACUAUGCCUCCACCUGCACAUUGUUCCAGAUAUAACUUUCGGACUUUCCGUUGGAUGCAAACUAUGAUCUUUGCCAUUGAGGAGAUCAACAGAGAUGGAAAACUCCUUCCCAACAUCACACUGGGCUAUAAGAUCUAUGAUUCAUGCAGUACGCCACAUCAGGCUCUGAAGGCUGCCAUGGAGUUAGUGGGAAGUAAAGGCACCUGUCGUGGGACCGUACCAGCAGUGAUAGGAGACGGGGGCUCUACUCAGUCCCUCGUCGUGGCCCGUUUCCUGGGAGUCUUCCAUGUGCCACAGGUCAGUUAUUUCUCCAGCUGUGCUUGUCUCAGUGACAAAAAGGAGUUUCCUGCCUUUUUAAGGACCAUGCCCAGUGACUUCUUCCAGGUAGAUGCAUUAGUACAACUUGUAAAACAUUUUGGCUGGACUUGGGUGGGCGUCAUAGCAGGGGAUGAUGCCUAUGGCCGCGGUGGGGCAAACAUAUUUGCUAAUGAGGUGGAAAGUUAGGGGCCUUGCGUUGCUCUUCAUGAGGUCAUCCCCAAGAACCGAGCACAGACCACCAUUUCAUCUAUCGUUUCCAAGAUCCGCUCCUCUGGGGCUCGGGUGGUCCUAGUGUUUGCCGUGGAACAAGAUGCAGCCGCAUUGUUUGAUGAAGCUCUCAGAGAGGGCCUCACUGGGAUACAGUGGCUGGCCAGUGAGGCUUGGAGCACAGCUGCCGUUCUCUCCACCCCAAAAAAGCACCAUCACAUCCUCCAGGGUUCUAUGGGUUUUGCCAUUCGGGGGGCACACAUCCCUGGAUUGCAAGACUUUCUGCUUCGCUUGCAUCCCUCGAGCCCAAGUGCCCGCGCAGAUCCCUUCCUGAUACCCUUUUGGGAAGAGGUGUUUCAAUGCAGCCUGGGUGUGCAGGCUGAAGGUCAGGAACAUAAUAUUGAGGGUAAACCUCUAUGCUCUGGAGCAGAAGAGCUGGGGAGUGUGACGAAUAUCUUUUCAGAUGUGUCACAGCUAAGGAUAUCCUACAAUGUAUAUAAAGCUGUGUAUGCCAUUGUCCAUGCACUCAAGGCUAUGAGAAGCUGUGUGAAAGGAAAAGGACCAUUUUCUCUGCAGGCCUGUCCAGAUGCAGACACUAUACAACCAUGGCAGGUGGAAUAUUUGAACUCCUUUGGUGAUGAAAUCAAGUUUGAUGAGAAUGGUGACCCUGCAGCCAUGUAUGACCUUGUGAACUGGCAGCUGAGACCAAAUGGAGAAAUGGAGUUUGUCACUAUUGGCAAAUUUGAUGAGACAACCACAGUUGGAGAGCAAAAACUCCAGAUCCAGGAGCAUACCAUUGUAUGGAAUGGCAACCAAACCAAUAUUCCCUUGUCAGUAUGCAGCAGCAUUUGUCCACCAGGUACCCGUCAGUCAAUCAGACCUAACUUCCAGAUAUGCUGCUACGAUUGUGUGUUUUGCACAGCUGGGGAGAUUAGCAAUCAGACUGAUGCCAUAGAAUGUGUGCAAUGUCUGUCAGAGUUCUGGUCCAAUGCUGAGAGGACAGCCUGUAUCCCCAAACAGGUGGACUUCCUCUCCUUUAGCGACACCAUGGGCAUCACUCUGAUGGCUAUUUCUCUCAUUGGCGCCUUCUGCACCUGUGUUGUGGCCUUCAUAUUUUCCUAUCACAGAACCACACCCAUUGUCAGGGCCAACAACUCUGAGCUGAGCUUCCUGCUGCUCUUCUCCUUGACUCUGUGUUUCCUGUGUUCUCUGACCUUCAUCGGCCGGCCCUCUGAGUGGUCCUGCAUGCUGCGACACACAGCAUUCGGCAUCACCUUUGUCCUCUGUAUCUCGUGUGUUCUGGGGAAAACUAUAGUGGUGUUGAUGGCCUUCAGGGCCACACUUCCAGGUAGUAAUGUGAUGAAAUGGUUCGGGCCUGCACAGCAAAAGGCAAUCAUUACCAUUUGUACACUGGUCCAGGUGAUAAUCUGUACGGUGUGGCUGGUUGUUGUUCCCCCUACUCCACGUAAACUGAUGCCACGUGAGAGUGUAAUUGUCAUUCUCUUGUGUGACGAAGGUUCACCCGUAGCAUUCACUCUCGUCCUGGGCUACAUCAGCCUGCUAGCCUGCCUCUGCCUUCUCUUGGCCUUCCUGGCAAGGAAACUGCCGGACAACUUCAACGAAGCCAGACUUAUCACCUUCAGCAUGGGGAUUUUUUGUGCAGUGUGGAUAGCGUUUGUUCCCGCUUACAUCAGCUCUCCAGGAAAGUACUCCACAGCAACGGAGGUGUUUGCUAUCUUGGCCUCCAGUUAUGGACUGCUGGGCUGCAUCUUUGCACCAAAGUGCUACAUAAUCCUACUAAGGCCAGAAAAGAACACGUGGAAACGUCUGAUGACGAAAACUACCGCUGACAAAUUUUAG